AUGAAUCGUGAAGAAAGUUGUAUUCAAUGGUUUAUAUCGGAGUUAAAUAAAAUUGCAUUAAACCUGCAUAAUACUAAAACAAAACAAAUAGAUCCUUUAACAAGUACUGAAAUAAUCGACUAUGAAAAAGCAAGUCUCUGUCAUAUUUGCGAAAAACCCUUUUUACCAAACGAUUUAAAAGUUAAAGACCAUUUUCAUUUAGCAAAUGGCGCUAAUGAUAUAAAUAAUUUAAAAACAAAUUAUCGAGGACCUGCGCAUAACAGUUGCAAUCUAAACUUUAAAAAAAUCAACACGAUACCUGUUUUUUUCCACAAUUUAAGCUCUUAUGACUCACAUUUUUUGAUAAAAGAAUUAUUAAACAACUUUAGUGGUGAUUUAACGGUUUUACCUGCUACCAAAGAAAAAUACAUUUCAUUUACAAAAUUUGUUGAUGGAACUAAUAUAAAAUUGAGAUUUGUCGAUUCAUAUCGGUUUAUGCCUGAAAGUUUAGAUACAUUAGCAUCCCAAUUGGAUAAUGAGCAAAAAAAAAUUACAAGACUUCAUUGUGCUAACGAAUUAGAAUUUAGUUUAUUGUGCAGAAAAGGGGUUUUUCCAUUCGAGUACUUGGAUUCGUGGGAAAAAUUAAAUGAUAAUGCUUUGCCCGAAAAAAAGUGUUUCUAUAGUUCUCUUAAUGAAAGCGAAAUAUCAGAUCUUGAAUACAUUAACGCUCAUAAUGUAUGGACAACUUUUAAGUGUGAAAACCUCGGAACAUACUCUGAUUUAUAUUUAAAAACAGAUGUUCUUUUAUUGGCUGAUAUAUAUGAAAAUUUUCGUAAAACCAGCAUACAAACAUAUAAACUUGAUCCGGCAAACUUUGUAAGUUCUCCAUCAUUUUCCUUUCAAGCAAUGCUAAAAACAAUCGAAUAUAAGUUAGAGCUAAUAACCGAUAUUGAUCAAAUAAUGAUGAUUGAAAAUGGAAUUCGGGGAGGCGUUGCUCAAUGUUGUAACAGAUAUGCUAAAGCAAACAAUAAAUUUAUGGAAAAUUAUGAUUCUUCAAAACAGGAAAAGUAUCUUCUUCUUUUGGACCAAAAUAACAUGUACGGGUUUUCUAUGAGCAGAUACCUUCCCUAUGCUGGUUUUGAGUGGGUGGAAAAUCCCAGCACAUUUAAUCUCCAAAAUUUACCAAGUAUAAAUUCUCCUAUAGGUUAUAUUUUAGAGGUAGAUUUAACAUAUCCAGAAAAUUUACACGAAAUACAUAGAGAUAUGCCAUUUUGUCCAGAACAUUUAACUCCACCGAAUUCAAAAUCCAAACAAAAGAAACUUUUAACAACAUUAUAUAAUAAAAAAGAUGAAAUUAGAUAUGAGCUUUCGGGGAAAACUAUUGAUCGUGUAAGAAAUCCAGGAGUAACUACAACCCUUAAAGGAUACACGUCUUUCAAUAAAAAUAAUGUUAAUCGUUUAAAAAACGCUGGUUGGAAUAUUGAUGCAGAUUGUUUAGUUGAUGUAAACAACCCCGCAACCGGUGAAUUUAAUUUAUGUGUACCUUUAAACACAAUUUUAGGAUUUGCUGAAGAUUUUAAAAAAAUUAUUAUAAAUUUAAGACAAGAAUUAGUUUUAAUUCGAAGUAAUUCUGAUCAUAAUGCAAUUUAUAACAGCGUUGCUAAUGAAAUUAAUAAAAUAAAAAUUAACAAAAUGAUGUGGAAAAUGCCUCAUAUUUCGGUUGCCGAUGAUGAAAAAUUAAAACUAUUACAACAUCUUGAGAGCGGAAACGAAUUGCAGAUUGCUUUUAGAAGUUGGGAAUUAGUAGAAUAUCCAUUAUUGCAAAAAACAAAAAGCCACACGUGGAAUGUUAAAUCUACUACACAAUUGGAAAAACCGCGUUAUGUUAUUGUGGGUUUUCAGACAGAUCGUAAAAAUAGUUUUAAUAAAAAUAAUGGUAAAUUUGAUAAUUGUAACUUAAAACAAAUUAAAAUUAUGCUCAAUGGGGAGUUAUAUCCAUACGACACAAUAUCGAUUGACUAUGACAAAAAUCAAUAUUCUAUAUUGUAUGAAAUGUACUUAAACUUUCAACAUUCAUACUACGAACGUGACAAUGAACCACUUUUUAAUCCAUCAGAGUUUAAAAGUAUUGCUCCAUUAGCAGUUAUUGAUUGUUCGAGACAAAACGAUGUCCUAAAUUAUGGUGUUAUCGAGGUCAGAAUCGAGUUCGAAUGCACCAAAGAUAUGGCAGACAAUACUUCCGCUUAUUGUUUGAUAUUACACGAUCGAGUCGGCAGUUUGCAGGGUUUCUACUUGUUCGAGCACAAGCACGUGCACAAGCGGUCCCUCCAGGCAGACGAUUUCUACCACCAGUCGCUGAUAACGGAGCCCCAGGUUAGUAUCUUUAUAGUUAUUGCUCGAUAUACCUCGAUGGUAGUGCUGGUGUUUUUGAUGGGAUCCGAGAAAAUUACCUGCGGUUUUAUGUAA